GAUGGCCUUUGCUUCUUUCAUCUUGUCUGCAAUGUUGCUUCAGUUCUCUCUUGGAUGCAAUGCUUUGGAAAUCUUGGAUAACAAUCACAACAACGUUGUCAAACCCAAAGAAGAUCCAGAUUUCGACCCUUCUCUACAUGUCUUCUUCAAGGUCACCGAUCUAUACCAAGGCAAAAGGAUGCCAAUUUAUUUUGCAUCAAAUGACGAUUCUACCCCUACACAUCUACUCUCUAGAACGGAUGCUGAUUCCAUCCCUUUCUCCUCAUCGAAACUCCCAUACCUUCUUGAAUACUUCCAAUUCUCAAACACAUCUUCACAAGCCAAAGCGAUGGAAACAACACUCAGGCAAUGUGAGCUCGAACCUAUAAGGGAUGAGUUCAAGCGGUGUGUGACAUCACUGGAGUCCAUAAUGGAUAUGACACAAGAGUUUUUUGGUUCGGUCAAACCGAAAGUUUUGACCACCAAGAUUUUGAGUUCUAACCAUACCCUUUACCAAAACUAUACUUUGGUUGAGAAGCCAUUAGAGGUCAAUACAUCUGAAAUGGUGGCUUGUCAUACCAUGGCUUACCCUUAUAUGGUUUACUAUUGUCAUGGGCACAAGGGUCAUAUGACUAGGAUUUUUAAGCUUGCAUUAGGUGGGGAUAAUAAUGAGAGAAUUGAAUCUAUCUCUGUUUGCCACAAGGACACGUCCAUGUGGGACGCAGACCAUGUGGCGUUCCGGUUGCUCGGAGGUUAUCCUGGGAGCGGUCCGGUGUGCCAUGUUAUUCCCAUCGAUAACCUUGUAUGGGUUGCGUAAUUGUGUAGUUUGUAUUACAAAUAUAAUAAAUGAAUAAAUGAAUAAUUGUGGUUGA